AUGAAGGUGAUCACCGCCAACUUCGUGACAUGCGCCGUGAAGGAAUGCAAGACGUCACCAGCAUCAUUCCCAUUACAUUUCCAUGAUGCCGAACUGGAGCAGCAGGAAUUGGAAUUUCAACCGGAGUUUAUCCGCAACAUCAUUCCCCGCAUCGACUGGGAGGCCCUCCGAGCAACUGCCACCGAGUUGGGUUUUCCAAGCCUCCCAGACAUUAAGCCAGAAGGCGAGGCACUCGACAAUGAACAGACCCUGAAAGAUCUGCACCGGCUGUUACUCGAGACGCACGUCUCGGAAGGGAAACUGGUCUGUGGAAACUGCAGUCACGCAUAUAUGAUCAAAGAGGGAAUCGCAAAUUUCCUCCUUCCAAGUCAUCUAGGUGAGGCACCUUACUCCAUGCUUGACUAA